AUGAGUGGCUGGGAAGGCCUUUAUCAUACAGCAGCAGGCGACUAUAACAACGGGAAUUAUAAGGACUCGUACUCCAACUAUUUAAAAGCAACUUCCGCGUUGAUAUACAAACUUAAUCAUGAGGUUUCUUUCUCUAGUAGAGAUACUGUAAAAACUAAACCACAUAACGCUGCCCAGCUGUUUACUCAGCUCAAGUUAUGUGUUCAAAGGCUUGAGGAUAUUUUACAAAAUAGGACCACAAAUGGAGCCUUUUCCCCUCUUCAACCAUCAAGCAUUGCUGAUACAGCUACAAUGAUUACACCAAAUCCUACUCCACAAUAUUUACCUCUUAUUCCCUUUUCCCCACUCACUCGACAAUCCAUGCAUUAUGUUCAUGAACUUGCCACUGUCAAUCAAAAAGUUUCCAUAGCUAAACAAAAAAGUUCAGAUGGUAAUAACAAUCUUUCUAAUCAUCGUAAAUUAGACGAGCAAGUCCGUCAACAGAAAACCAAGCUCGACCAAGUCAAUAAUCAGAUCCAAUCUAUUGCUGAGGUCACACUCAUCUACUGGGAUCACCCCAAUGACGUUUCUACACAGUUGACUAUUAUUGACAGUGAUUUAUUCAAAAAAGUCGAUUUAAAAAAUUUAAAAAAAGAUUUAACUUUAAAAGAUAAAAAAGCACAGGCGUGCAUGGAUUUCCAUCGUUAUUUGACUAAUAGUUUCACUCACCAGUUCAUGAUUUAUGCUGAUACAGCCCGAUCUUCGAUGAAUCCAUCACGUAGUGCUCAGAAUUCUAGGGAAAAUAUUAUUGCUCACGCUGUAAAAAUCGCAUAUUAUUUAUUAAACGUUCAUCGUAAUUUUAACAGUUUUGCUGCUAUAAUGAAAGCUCUUACAUCUCCGGAAGUCCGUAGAAUAAGACGAUUAUGGGUUGGUUUACCCAGUCGUACUAGUCAACAUCUUAAAGAGUUAUCCUCACAUAUUAAGAAAGAAGAUGAUGAUUACAAAGCAUAUAAGGAAAUACUCUCUCAAAAGAUGGAAUCUUUCCGCGAUGUUAACCAAGGAAUGGUUGUUAUUCCUUGGAUGCAACCUCACUAUGAGGAGAUUAAAGCUAUAACCCAAUCUUACACUAGUGGUAAAUCUGGAGAUAACACCGAAGUAAUUCUUUCAGCUCCGGGUCAACGUAAACUAGCAUCAAUUUUCUCACUUCUUGAGCAAUGCCAAUCUAACGUUAUUAGUACUGAUGAAGAUGAAUGGCAAUCAAAUAAUUUUAAUGGUAAUCGUAAGGUUUCUCCUUCAAAUUCACGUGUAAGAGAUACAAUCACGGUGGAUGGAACCCCCAUUAAUUUGCCUUUGGACCUCUCUUGCUUGGGUAAUGGAAACUUUGAAUUGCAUCAUUGGCUGGUAUCUCGUGUUUAUUUAACUAAACAACAAUUAAUCGAUGAGAGCAUAGUUAUUGAACCACUUGGAGAAAAUGAGCAAUUACUUUGCACUGAAAAUGAGAAUGAAGAUGAAGAAGAAGGAUCUGAAAAUACUAGCGUGGGACGCUAUGACAUCGGUAGCGAAGAUAGUGGAGAUAACGUCGAAGCUGGUUCAUCAUCGAAUCAUGAGAUGACCAAUGGAUCAAGAUCUCAAACUAAUAAGCCUUCUCCUAAUAAAUUAGAACAACAUAAUAAUAGUUUUUCAGGAUUAAUUGAUAAACAUUCAAAAGCUUCUCUUAUGAAUAAUCACGAGCGAAGAGAAUCAACAUCUUUUGUAAAUGGUGCAUCUUCAACUUCCGCAUCACGAGAAAUUUCUAAAUCCGAAGAGAUCGCAAUUGCAAUGAAAUCCACAGAAGAAUUUAAAUUUAACAUGGAUAUUGUUGAAAAUGAUUCUGUUGGUACAAAUUCUUCUAAUGUUACAAAUGAUGAAACAACAACAACUUCUAGCUUUACAAGUAAAACGAAAGCUAUACCGAUCCCAAAAGCAGCAAGCCAUAAACCUCAUCAACAUUCUUUAUCGCCUUCUUCUACGUUAACCAAUCUUAAUCCUAAUGCUCAACCCUUCGUUCCUCGUUAUAGUUUAUCUAGUUCAGCGCCAGACAUGGGAAAUAAUAUUGAUGUCUCCAUUAAGGAAUUAGAAAUGGGUGAAAAGAAUAAAAUUAGAAGCAAUCCUACUACGACUCCAACUCCUACGGAAGCAACCUCGAGUAUUGAAUUGAACAAUAACACAAAAGAAGAUGAUGAAAUCUUUGUUUAUCAACAAGAUGACAAUGAUGACAAUGAUGAGGGCGAAGGCUGUAGCACGGAAUUUGUUUAUCCAGCACCCGAAAAUGAUAGUGUUAAUAAGUUAAACGGAGUUAACAAAGUUGAUAAAUCUUCUGAAAGUGGAAGUGUUCCUAAUUCAAUCACGGUGAAACUUUCAGCAGAAGGUUUAACAAAGGUUUAA